UCGUCUGCGCAUGUUCAGGAAUCUGGACAGGAAGAUAAGUUCAUGAACAGUGGUUUAUGUGCCAAAAUUCAUGUUGGAAACCCCUGGAAUACUCUUUCAUUAAUAGAAGGGAUAUAGUAAAACAGAAAUGAUGCCAUAAGCGAAGCCAGCACCCUUUUUUCAGUGAGUGCUGUUUCCUGAACCCAGUUUUAUACACCGGCCUGACACAAUCAUCGUUGUGGCUCACUAAGGCAUCAAACUGGCGGACCAGCUGGACCGCGGGACGUCCUCGUCGCCCGACAACUCCCGCAUGGCGGUUUGUCGGGUGCCGACCCCUCCACCACCAGAAGUGUCAUGUCCUGUUGCAGAAAACUGGUGCUACACACAAGUAAAAGUGAUCAAAUUUUCCUAUAUAUGGACCAUCAACAACUUCAGCUUUUGUAGAGAAGAAAUGGGAGAGGUCCUCAAAAGUUCCACUUUCUCAGCAGGGGCCAAUGAUAAACUGAAAUGGUGUUUACGUGUGAAUCCAAAGGGUCUGGAUGAAGAGAGUAAAGAAUACCUCUCACUUUACUUAUUAUUAGUCUCUUGCAACAAAAGUGAAGUUCGAGCAAAGUUCAAAUUUUCAAUACUGAAUGCAAAAAGAGAAGAAACAAAAGCUAUGGAAAGCCAAAGAGCAUACCGUUUUGUCCAAGGGAAAGACUGGGGAUUUAAAAAGUUCAUCCGUCGAGAUUUUCUAAUGGAUGAAGCCAAUGGUCUUUUACCGGACGACAAGUUAACAAUAUUUUGUGAAGUGAGUGUCGUGGGUGACACAGUGAAUGUAUCAGGACAGUCCAACUGUACACCAGUGAAAGUACCAGAGUGUCGACUCAGUGACGACUUAGGGGCAUUGUUUGAAAGGUCAUCAUCAAGUGAUGUCACACUUUGUGUUGCGGGGAGGGAAUUCCUUGCUCACAAAGCAAUACUCGCAGCGAGGUCACCAGUAUUUAGUGCAAUGUUCGAACAUGAAAUGGAAGAAAGAAAACAGAACCGGGUAGACAUUACUGACGUGGACCAUGAAGUGAUGAGGGAGAUGCUGAGAUUUAUAUACACAGGCAAAGCUCCAAACCUUGACAAAAUGGCAGAUGAUCUUCUAGCAGCAGCUGACAAGUAUGCUCUUGAGAGGUUAAAAGUGAUGUGUGAAGAGGCCCUGUGUUCAAACUUAACAAUAGAAAAUGUCUGUGAGAUUCUGGUGUUAGCUGAUCUGCAUAGUGCAGACCAACUCAAGACACAUGCAAUAGAUUUUGUAAAUAGCCAUGCAACUGAUGUGAUGGAAACUCAAGGAUGGAAAGCCAUGAUCUCAACCCACCCGCACUUAAUUGCCGAAGCUUUCCGUGCUCUGGCAAGCCAGCAGAGCCCACCCCUGGGGCCACCUCGCAAACGAGUCAAACAGUCAUAGGGUUUGGAUGGCAGACAUGUUCUUGUGUCCAUUAUCAUUCAGUCUCACUUUCAUUUCAAAUUGUUCAUGUUAUCCACAGUUUCAUUCAUUUCUCAUCCCCUCUUUGUUUGACAGUAUCAUUUGGAUGUGACUGAGUAGAAGUGUCUGAAGACAUGUUGAACAGAUUACAAUGCCUAAUGACUGGCAGGAAUGAACUUGUUGCAUACCGUGUCUGAUGAGGAUGUUGUUGUAAACUGAAUAGUUUUGAAGAGAGUUAAUGCAAUUAGAACAGUGAAUCAAUGUUUUGAAGAGUUAGGAGACCUAUGCAUAAAGUGGCAUGGCACAUAUAUAUAUAUAUAUAUAUAUAUACACAUACUGUUUUUGCAAUGAUUUUUCAUAUUAUUCACAGAAAGUGAAUGUCCCACAGUGGUAGAUGUUAACGUUCCAAAAUUUUGUCAUUCUUAAUAGUUCUGUCCAUUGGUUCACGAUUCAUCAUUUGGUGCCAACUUUUAUGUCUAGAUCUAUCUAUCAGCUGAUGUAAUUUGUCAAUCAAAAAGGUGUCAAUUGAGAAAUAAUGAUACUAGUGGGUUAACCAUUUUGCCAUUUCCAUACAUCUCUUGAAGUUUCAGCAAAAGACAUACUCAAAUGUGUAGACUGAUGAUGUCCCUUAUUUCAAUACAGUUAUGCACGGAAAGGAACUCUUGAAUUGAUUUUCAAUGGACGUCUUGUCUCAAUUUAGACAGUUGUGUUUGAAACAAAAGUUACCUCCCUUAUGUAAGCUCCCAAAAUUGUAAUGUAUGGACUUCAGUAACUGUUCUUUUCUUUCAUGAGGUGGAAUCUAUUUGUAUUAUUUUAUUAUGUUUGUAGUUCCAACUUUUUGUAACCGGAUUUGUUUUAAUAAGGUUCAUAUGAUUAUCCACCGUAAUGGCUAAAAUUGAAAUAUCUUUGUUCCUUUGGUCUCUUUUAUUCCAUGCAGCUUGAGUAUACCUCUUGUUGAACAGUUAGUUUUUAGUUUGGAGAACCAUCUAAGCUCCAUGUGGAGAAAAUUAAUCUUUGGACAGUAUUAAAUUCAAUUAGAAUGAGAGACAGCUGAUUUAGAAAAUAAGAGUAUGAUGCGGAAAUGUUAGUGUGCACUGUUUUUAUUAGAUGAAGUUCAUCUACAUAGAAACCAGACUGUAAAUCUGUGGGUAAAUAUUUCCAUUUUGAAGUCCAUAGAUUACAUGUCGGGGAAUACUCCAAGAAAUAUUUCAAGAGGUUUUGUUAUAACAGAUUACUUGGAAUUUUGAAAAUACUUGUUACACAUGGAUAUGUCCAGAAAAUAUGAAGCUGAAAUCAUUCAUGUAAAAAUACUGUCUACAUGCUAUUGUUUUAGGAUUUGUGGAAGUUUUGAGAAUUGCAGGGAAUUAUCCAUUGGAAAAUCCCAGGUAAUCUCCCUUGUAUUUGUAAGAACAAUUUCUGCCUCCCAUCCCUUGGGUAGCCUUAUGAAGGCUGCUGCCCUAUAUAUCGCCCUGUUGAAAAUAUGUGUUAUAUUGUCUAUUUAUUUUCAUUGUACAUUGUAAGUGUUGGGUAACUUUCAUACUCUGUAGAUGGCCUCUUGUGCUAUUACGAUAUUGGGAUGGAUUUCUGCAAUGGAAUCUAUGUAGAAAUUUGAAUACAUAUGCCAUGGCUUUGUGAAUUUGCGAGACAUGUUCUGUGGUUUGUACAGAUUGGUAACUCAUUGCUAGAGUUUAGAAGGGUGACUUGGUAAUGUGAAUGUGAAAAUGGAUGGUCUUCUUACAAUAUUUUAUUAUAUAUGACAUUACACAAACUGCUGUAAUAAUCAUUGUUGAAAUUCACAUAGUGUACUGGAAGUCAUCUGUAUCACUCAUUGUGGAAUGUUAUCUUCAGUAAGUUACGAAGAUUACCUUCGUUGUAAAUUCCUUUUAGGUUGGUGGGGUAGCCUAGUGGUUGAAGUGUUCAUUUGUCAAAUCGAAGGCCGGGGUUUAUUUCCAACGUUAGUUUAGUGUGUGAAGCCCAUCUCUGGUGUCCACCGCUGUGAUGUUGCUAACAGCAGCAUACAACCAUGCUAAACCUGAGAACAUGCUUGUAAGUAAAUCUUCAUUAUUACUUGCUUACCCAACCAGGAGUAAAUGUUUUCCUGACCAGGAAUAAUGUUUACCCAACCAGGAGAAAAUAUUUUCCUGACCAGGAAGAAAUGUUUACCCGACCAGGAAGAAAUGUUUACCCGACCAGGAAGAAAUGUUUACCCAACCAGGAAGAAAUGUUUAUCCUACCAGGAAGAAAUGUUUAUCCUACCAGGAAAAAAUGUUUUCCCAAUCAGGAGUAAAUGUUUACCCAACCAGGAAGUAAUGUUUACCCGACCAGAUGUAAAUGUUUACCUGACCAA